UCAGUGUUUCGGAGCAGCUCAGGGUGGGGGUCUGCAUGAUAUCCUCAGGAUCACAGCAGCAGGAAACUACCAGAAUCUGUUUACUUCACCCUCGGGAGUCACAUCCGUACAGAAUCUUACAAAAUGGACCUCAAGUAGUACACUGUUUCAAAGUACUAUUAAACAACUGAAUUCAGUACUUUUAUGGUCAAUUCAGGAUUACUUUUGGUGUCAUUAUUCAACCCUUCGCUAUGUGGGGCAGAGUAAUUUCCGACUACAAGAGUGGAUUUAUGAACUGCAGCAGACAAACAGGCCCUGAUGUCCCACCUACAAGAUGGGUUCCAGGUUGUGAAGCCGUUUGGCGGGCCCCUACACUCCUGACUAGUGUCCGAAAUAACACCAGCAGAAGAUUCAGCGCUACCUCCGAUAGUGGAGACACUGGAAUAGGCACUUCAAGUUCAGACAGCAUAGAAGACCACUCCAGCUCAAGUGGCAUCUCAUCCUUCAAACCAAACAGAUCUCUCAUUACCAUCCCCACAGCCCAUGUCAUGCCUUCCACCUCCAAUUCCUCAUCAGCUAGACCUGGAUGUCAGGAUGGAGAUGCCUGUACUAAAUGUAACAUGACCUUGACACAGUCUGGCAAGCCAAAAAACCUUUCUACACCAAAAACUAUUUUAGAUAUGAAGGAUCCCAGACCUAUCAGGAAAUGGUCAUCACUCUCCAAACUCAUUGGUGCAGAGAAGGAUAACCCUGAGUGUGGGGCUACUGGGAGUGUGGAUUCUAUAAACAAUAUGGAAGAUCUAUCAAACUGCAAUGUGGAGCCAAAUGCAUAUGGAGUAAAUGUCCCAGACAAUUUUACUACGUAUCACAAUUUGGAACAUUUGAGGAUCGAAGACACACAGAGUUGGGGCACAUGUUCCAAAGAGCCCACCCAGAACCAGUCUUCAGUUUUUCAUGGGCAUUACAAAUAUGAGAACUUUUGUAGAGGUGCUGGGGACUCUUCUUUUCCAGCUACUACAUCCAGCAAAAACCAUUUAGAUUUAAAGUUCAGUGCCUUACAUGCUGACAAAACAACCUCAGCUGACUGGGAUGCUUCUGGAAAAAGACACAGUUUUAAGUUGCUGGAGAAUCAACCUGUUCGUGGCUCAACAGCUCCAUCAUGCUUGAGGACUCAGUUGUGGCUUAGUGACCAGAUGCAAACCAAUUCUCUUGACCUCAGACCUGCUGAAGGAUCGUGUGAUUUUCCUGUUUGUCAACAUAAACAGCAGCCGGAACAGUUGAGACGAGAAACUGACCCAGUCCAGAUGCCCAAUAAGUCACCAUUGCAGGUUUCAAUGGUCUACCCCACUCAGCUAAGUCAGGAUUCAUGUGAAAGGAACUCACAGCUGAAGAUGAAGGAGAGUUUACUAAGAAAAAAGGAUACUGUCAUUGAAAGCCAGGAGCAGCAGAUUAUCCAACUUCAGCAAAAAAUACAAGAAAAUGAACUCCGAGCACAGAGAGCACUUUUGGAACACUGUGAUCCUGCAUUCAUAAUAAAAACACAGCAUGAAUCACCGUGUGAGAAUAUGCGACAUACACACCACACAGAAACAUCCAAAGUGAUUGAUUGUGGAAAGAAAGACCUGGAGCAAAAGCUGUCUGCAGCAGAGCUUGAGAUUGUGCGUCUGAAUGAGUGCCUCAGGAAAAACACACAAAAAUACGUGGAAGAAAUAAAGAAAAUGGAGGAGAAGGUGAAAGCACGUGAGAAAUAUAUCAGCAGUCUGAAAAAGAAGCUGCAGAAGGAAUCUGAGCAAAGCCAGGAACGACAACAGAGAAUAGAAACUCUAGAAAAGUACCUUGCUGACCUACCCACCUUGGAUGAUUUUCAGAGCCAAAGUCAGCAGCUUAUUAUACUUGAAGAAAAAAAUGAAAAGUUUCAGGACACAUUCAAAGAUUUGGAGAAGAAGCUAGGGGAGAAUCGAAUCCUUUGCAGGGAGAAGGAGGUGCUUCUGGAGAGUCAGAAGAAAAGGGAAAAGGCAUUAGUUGCCACCGUACAAAGUUUGCAACAGAAAGUAGAGAAGUGCCUAGAAGAUGGAGCUCGGCUUCCCAUGCUGGACAUGAAGCAGCUCCAGUGUGAGAACGACUACCUCAGGAAAAAGUGUGAACAUGCCAACAAGGUCAUUGACAAUCAAGAGCAGCAAAUAAAAAAAUGUAACCUGGAGAAACAGGCUUUAGAGGAAAGGUUGAUGCAAGAAAAGUCUGCCUCGCAGACCUUCCGGAAGGAGCUUGGAGAGACUCAGAGAAAUCUGCAGCUACUGAAGGAACUCAUGGAAGAAUUUUCAUCAAAGAACCAAAGAUUACCAGAAAAUUCAACUUUUGAGGAACAACCACAAGGAACUGAAGCGCCCAAGCAAAACUUAGCAGAUGAAAUGCCAGCCAUUGAAAAGCUACUGAAAGAAAUGUCCUACUGUCUGCAUGACCUACGUGCACUAUGCAAUAUCCUUACUCAGAGGGCAGAGGGCAAGGAGCCAAAUCUUUCUUUGUUACUCGGGAUACAGUCGCUGCACUGUUCAGGCGAUGAAGGAGAGAAUUCCCAUAGUGGAGAAUUGCUUUCAAAAAUGCUAUCUGACGUUUGUCAAUUACGGAAAGAUAUUGACGAAUUAAGGACCAUAAUAUCAGAUCGAUAUGCUCAGGAUAUGGGUGACAACUGUAUAACUCAGUGACAAUGUGUUUAUCUUGUAGCAAUAUGAGCAUUGACUGUAAUACUGCUUUGUUACAGUCCCAUGCUCUUCUAUUAGAGAGCCAUAAAGCAAAAUUGCAGCUAACAUAUGAAAAAAAAAUGAGCCAUGAAUGAAGCUUUGUUGUUUUAUUGAAGGAUGUUGUUAUGUAAUAAUAUGGAAUGUAUGAAAAUUUGCUUGCCGUUAGUGUUUCUCAUCUAAAACUACUGAAGGUAGAACCAACCCGCAACAAGUAUGAUUAAUUUAAAGGUAUUUACUUUGAUUAUUUUAUUUUGUUAAUUGGAAUCUGGGGCUGGAUUUAAUGAAGCCAAACGGGGUUUCACAAGCCCUACUUUGUCAACUUUUGCAGAGGUCCACUGACUAAUUGUCACUCGGGCACUUUACUGGGAUCAAGGACCUCAGGGUGAAACUCUGCCCAGUGAAAGCCGUCAGCCAAUCAAAGGCACCACCAUGGAAUUAGUGAUAGUAGGAACUGCAGAUGCUGGAGAAUCUGAGAUAACAAGGUGUAGAGCUGGAUGAACACAGCAGGCCAAGCAGCAUCACAGGAGCAGGAAAGCUGAUGUUUCGGGCCUAGACCCUUCUUCAGAAACCAUGGAAUUAGUGCCUGCUUCCAUGACACCAACCCAGUUCAAGUACCAAUACUGAAUCCCAGGGCACGUGAGUGAUUGUGUGGUUGGUGUGACAGGAUGGCGAUCACAGGAGAGAGAAACAAAGGGCAGAGUGUAUCUGAGCUGCCCUGCACUACCCAAUGCCAGCUACUUCAAUGCAAGUGCCUUUGAAGGAGUGACCAUACCCCUCCACGUGGAGCCUAGAUGGUGGAUCCGCAAUAUGCCUCUAGAUUAAUACAAAUGUCAGCUGGAUAAGGCCCUUAUUAAUUGCUCACUUGCGGAUGUCAAUUGGCAACAGAAUAGAAAUGAAAAGGACCACCACAGCUCCCACUUCAAACAUUAUCAGAAUGGAGGUGGAAACAUGAUUGUUUCUCACUGUGUCCCUCCCACCUGAUUACAUGACAUAUCCAACAACCCCCCCCAUCGCCACCCCACUAAACCUGAGGGAGAGAGGGCAUUAAAUUCCGCCAGUUAUGACAAAACUAAAUAGCUUCAUAUUGAUUGUAAUACAGUACAUAUUCAAAUCAAUGUGUUUUACUCUAAAUUCAAGUUUCAAACUUUUCUAGGGCAAACAUCUGGUGUGAAAUUUAACUCUACUGACCACAAAAGUUUGUGAUUUAAUUCUCAGUAUUGCUGAAUCAGCUAUUGUCAGAUAGAUUAGAGAUAGAGGCUUUACAAUUUAUCUCAGUGCAUCGACCUAAUAAGAAAAAUUAAUCAGUGUUCUGACUCCUGAAUGUUAUUGAAGUGGAAGAUACUUACAUUCAGAUGUUAGGCUUAGCUGUGGUUUUCCUUUUCUCCACUAUGGAUAAUAUCUUGUAUCAAAUUUACAUAUAAAAAUACUUUAUUAGCAGAGAUCCAGUGGUUGGUGGAUGGCGACAGGACAGUCCAGUUGAAUGAAAUGCCUCCUUCCUGAGAGAAGGGGUGAAACAUUGGAAAAAUUAUUUGACAGGGAAGAGAAAAAUUCUGUGUCCAGUUGAAUGGUUCUUAAUGUGCCCCAUUGGGAUGAUUGUGGACUGCGAGCAAUAAUAAAAUUACUGAUAAAAUGGAACAAAGGUGACAGUUAUUAUUUUGAGUUCCAAUACCCAGCUGUCAAUUUAGAUUCACUGGACUGUGUUCAUACCUAAUUGUAUGCCAACCUCCAUUGUAAGUAAUAAAUGUCCUCAAUAAGUUCAGCCUGGGAAGAUCUCUUUCACCCUUCAAAAUCUUUUGAAAUCAAAACAGAAUUAUAGGCAAAUUUAUGCUCAAUUCUGGAAGACACUGUAAACUAUUACUUAGAGGAAAAGUUAGUGGUGAGAAAAUUAAUAAAUUAGAAAACAAAAAAGAAUCCAUAUAGAAACCAGAAAUUGCUGGAAACUCUCAGCAGGACUGGCAGCAUCUGUGGAGAGAAAGCAAUGUUAACGUUUUGGGUCCAGUGGCCAUUCUUCAGAACAGUUCUGAACAGAGCUGGUCAUUCAGUAGUGAAAACAUUAAUCUUCAUGUAGUUAAGCAUUGUGGCCUAAAAGUUAAACAAGAUGUCAGACCACUUUGGUCCAGAAACACCCUGGAAAUACAGAAUUAGCACUAUGUUCAAGGAACAGCUAACUUGGUUGGUAUUUGAUGCCAUCUUUGUGGCACAUAUGUUGGUGAGGAGGGUAUUUAUUCAGGUAGGAGGGGGAUCCUGCCUCCUUUCUGCCUCCAGGGCAAUUACUUCUGUGAGGGGAAUGUGUCACCAGCUGAUAGUUAAAAAUGCCAAUGAAAACAUGCAAGGACCUUAUCCAGUUGCCAUCGGUAUUAACCUAGCAUCAGGCAGGAAACCCACCAUAUGAGAAGCCCAGAACACAAACACUGUUGAGAUUUGUUUGCAGGUUUCCUCUUUCAAAGUCAAUGCUUGAUUGAGGGACCUUGCAAGAGGUGGGAGGGUGCUUCCUGAAAACCAUCACCCUGGCUGCAUGCUGAACCACAGUCUUCUCACUUCCAGCAACUCCUCCCUCCCCUGCGCCCCGCACUUUACAAUCACUCACUUGUGAUCUGGGUUAUCAAGCAAUCCUGGGCCUUGCAUUGAGGUUGUAGCAGCUGCAGCUACGAUCUCCCAAUUGGCUCUGCUCAGCAAUUUAGAGCUGUUGGCCUCUGACUAUCCACCAGCUCUCGUGGGGUGAGCCUUUCCUCUCCAGGGUCCUUGAUCCCAGCAACUGCCGCUGUUACCUGGUCAAGAGCCUGACUGGCAUAUUGUUCCACAGGCAUUCCUGAAAAGAGUUGUUGCUGGGCUCUUGGCAGUAAGACCUCAAUUUGUCUAUAUUAAAUUCCACAUUUAUGUGUAUUGAAUGUGAAGAGGGUGUCUUUGAAAUCUCAUCCACAAAUCUUAUCUCUUUCCCAGUCCACAAGUUGGGUGCCAGAGCAGAUACUUAUCUGUCUGGCUGGUAACUGGUCAAAAAAAAGCACCCAAGAAUAACUGUCUCAUUUUCUCUUCCUCGAUGAGAAGUCACCUGGCACCUAGUGAGUGCUUCUCCUGACAUCAUUGUUAAAGAUUGGGGUUUCAAUAUGGUAUUAAAACUUCCAAUUUUGUGGUACCAUGUGCUGAUGCAUCUAUGUAUGCUGUGGCACAGUGCACCUUUGAGAAUGGAAAUUGAUUAUGCCCAUGGCUUUAUAAUUGAUAAUUAAUUGAUUUUUUUUCAUAGCUUUAAUGCUUUUUCAUUAAAUGGAGCAUUGGACAUUUUAAUGGUGUUUUUGACAUUGUUGUGCAUGUGUUUUCUGUAGGAUGAGGUGAAUUGUGAAGUAAACAGAGUGCAAGAUGUGAAUAUAAUCCUGUUACUUUUAUUCCGAAAUACUGUGAUUUUUUUUGUUUGGACAAAAAUAAGUCCACAUACAGCUCUCAUUUUCUAUGAAUUAUACAGUAUUAAUUAGAUUUGGUAUGGAGUAUGAUGACUUUUUUUUACUAUGGAAUUCGAUGCAGUGUGUUACAAUAAGCUACAGGAGUUGUAUGCAAUAACUAAAAAUAUUCUUAAUGCAUAUGGUGGUUUAUUAUUUGUAUCACCUGAAACUGUUAAUUGACUGACUUGAUAACUUCUUUCCCUUUCUCCCCCAUGUAGUACGCACUGGCACUUAGAUAACAGAAACUGUGAAAAAUAAUUAUAAACUUGGGAGGCCUUAUAGAAAACAAAGUGAUUCAUUUUUACGUUAAGUGCUGAUUCUAACUGAUCUUGAUUGUAAUUCCAUUUCCUCCAGCCCUCUCCAAUGAUGUCAUCACCUUCCUAACUUUUUGAUGCUAUCCUCAAUACCUCAUUUCAGCUUCUCAAUCUUGUCAUUCUCUUUAAUAAGGUCUCUUUUAACAACAUUGCCAUGUUAUUUCUGAGUAUAUGAGUACUACUGUUCCUAAUAUUACUCCUUGACUAUGCAUCAGUAUCUGGGAGAUGAUCAAUGUCAACCUCACUAAUUUUGUCAUUUCUCUCCAGUGCUCUCUAUCUGGAGAAUAUGGGAAAUUUAUGCAAAAUUGUAGGGCUGUUCUUUUAUAAACAGGUUUCUCAUUUGGUUACGUCUGGUUUAUUGAGGAAUUCUUACCUCAUCAUAGAGUAUUCUUUUUACUCACUGUGAUGCCAGUGCUUAUCCAAGCUCUACUGUUGUUUUCUUACAUUUAAAUCCACAAUAACUAAGAUGUUUGGCUUUCCUAUCAAUAUUUUAAAGCAGAAAAUAUGAGUUAACUCAUUCUAAAUUAAUGCACUACAGAUUUCAAAAUAGUCAUCUGCAGAAAAUCUACAGAGCCAUUAUUUUUUCCCAGUACCGCUUUCUUACCCUUUGCCCUGGAGUGUAAUGAUUCAAAUCAGGUGUCAGCAGCCGUUCAGUGCUAAUCCCAAGUGUCCCUUUUUCUCAGAGCCUGAGUCCUCACUCAUCUGAUAUUCCCUGUGAAUUUCCAGCAAAAGUCACCAAAUUGGAUUUCCCUCUUUCAAGUCUGGGAGCACCUGAAACUGAGUUGUUCUAAUGUCAUAUAUCAGCUGAAACCUUGAUCUUUCCUAGUGUGGCUCAGGCAGCCAUUUAGUGUUUGGGAAACAGCUGUUGUUAGUUCGUCGCAUGUUGGCUCUUCGGGAAAGUAGCAAUUCACCCAUAUUUCACAAUGAAAAAGAUUUUGUAGGUAACCUGACAAUGUGGUACAUACCUCUAGCUGUUCUGUCAAAAUGUGAUUUUAUCUAAUCUGAGAGAGGGGUAAAAAGGUUAACUGGUGAAAUUAAAAGCAGACUGAGUAGCUUACUACUCUAUUCUAGAGAAAUGGCAUCUGAAUCUCACUUUUUUUCUCAACGCCUUAUAUGCAGCCUACUUUCUCUUUUUGUCUUUCCUCGAUCUGUUCACAUAUAUACCCAUGUGGUAUACAUACCACAUAUAUACCCAUCAGCUUUAUAUCCAUGCUGAUUUGCCGUGAGUUGAGCUAUUUACUAGCCUCCUGUCCACAAUCUCCAUGCCAACUGCCAUUGAACCACUAGGCGGGAAAUGCCCAAGCAUACGCAAUAUAAAUGGUUCACAAUCUGAGGACUUUCUAUGCACUUCAUAACAUGGGAGCUGUUGUUACUCCAACUAAAGUAGUUGAUCGGUUUGCAAUGUUGUUUCCAGUUGUUUUUUUUUUUAGUUUUAUAUCUUUAUAAAAGGGAAAAACUUCAGGAACAGGGCCUUAUACAAAGAUCUUACUGUAGAAUAAAGAAAUUGCUAACUAGCACUUUGAAAGUAUAUAUUUUGCCUCGGUUUCUACUGUUUUUAAACAUAUGUUUACAGCUAAAUAUUUUAUGCAGAAAUUCUAUUUAUGUUACAUUUUGUAAAUAAUGUUGAAGCUAUUAUUUUUCCAUUUUGAAAGUGUUUGUUUUGUUUUUGUAUGUACAGAAAUACAUUAAAGUUUUUUACAUAAUGAA